AUGGCAGAGCCCAAAAAGAACAACGAAGACGCUCCAGUCAAAGUAAGAUGGAGAUCGCUCUUUCACUUCACAACAAUCCGCCAGCUCCCACUCAUCCUAGUUGCGUUCGCUAUCACAAUCGCGACCAGCGCCACCAAAAUCGUGUUUGCGUUCUAUCUCGGUCAGCUUUUUGAGCUCUUUACGCAGCUUGGCAAUGGAACAACCAAGGGCCCGCAGAUGCUUGAAGGGGUUCGAUCGAAUAUUCUGAUUCUGCUUGUUAUUGGAGGUCUAUCAUGGGUGUUGAAUGCUGGGUUUUUGUUUAUUUGGGUUACGUUUGCCGAGUUCCAGGUCAGACGUGCGCGGCAAGAGCUGUUUGCAAAGCUGUUGGACCAGGAUCUCUCGUGGUUCGAUAUGAAAGAACAGGGGAUGGGCUCACAACUACGUGAACUCCAGAUUGCUACAGCCCAGCCUCUAGGAUUCCUCUUUCAACACACUAUUCAGGUCAUUUUGGCAGUGGUGCUCGCUCUCUACAUAUCGUGGAAAGUGACUUUGAUCACAUUGGCUGGAAUCCCCGUUUCUUCAAUCAUCAUAUCAAUCGUCUCUUCGAGAAUGAACCCUAUAAUGAAAGCCCAACAGUCGGAGCUGUCCGAAGCUUCCAAGUUUGCAUACGACGCGUUCACCUCCAUUGAUAGCGUGAAAUGCCUCAAUGGAGAAUUUUCUACCUAUUUGCACUUGGUAUCACACAUACGGGCUGCAGCUCGGUGGUACUUGAAACUGGCGGUUCUUACUGCCAUUCAACUGGCCUUUGCCCGAUUGACAACAUUUGCAAUGUUUGUUCAAGGGUUCUGGUAUGGCAGUUCCUUGGUUCAGUCUGGGGAAUUGACAUCUGGCGACGUCUUGACGACUUUCUGGGCAUGCUUGAUCACUGUGCAGUCCAUCGAACUUGGUGUUCAUCAACUUGUCAUAUUGGAGAGAGGCAAGAUUGCUGGUGAGACUCUGCGAUCGUAUCUUCUUUAUCGAAGUGCCGAACGGCCACCGCUUAGAGUACGACGAGACCGAUAUCCAGACCUGCGCACUGAGGAUAUCAGGUUUCAAGAUGUCUCGUUUGCCUAUCCUUUCCAACCCGACAGGCUUAUUCUCAAAUCCCUGAAUCUAGUAUUCCCAGCCGGUAAAACCGUCUUCAUUGUCGGACGCAGCGGAGCCGGGAAAAGCACGCUGACGAAUCUUCUUUUGCAAUUCUAUGCACCUACAGCUGGAGGAAUCCUGGUCGGGGGUGUUCCCUUUCGCGCAAUCGAUACGUCUUGGAGUCGCAAAAGCUUUACCAUGGUUCAGCAGAAUAGCUAUCUGUUCAACGAGACCGUUUCUACUAACAUUGCAUUUGGAAGUCACGAUCCCUCAAAUGUCACGAGUGACAGGAUGCGAAUGUGUAUAGAAAUGGCAAGUCUAGAAAGCACUAUUAACAAACUUCCCAAGGGGUUGGAUACUGCUGUUGGAGUAGAAGGCAACCUGCUGAGCGGUGGGCAGAAACAGAGGCUGGCUGUUGCUCGAGCUAGAAUGAGAGACAGCGCGGUUCUGAUUCUUGAUGAAUUCACUAGUGCUUUGGAUUUCGAGAAUAGGGUUGCCGUUAUGAACGCUGUUCGAGAAUGGAGGAAGGGGAUGACAACUAUCAUUAUCACGCACGAUACGUCCAAUAUUCUUGAUGACGACCUUGUUUACGUUUUGGAAUCUGGAAGUGUGGCCGACUAUGGACUCAAAAAGGAUUUGAUGAGAAAGGGCCUACAAAUAUUCACAGCCACAGAGACCUACGAAGACGAAGUCGAGAGCGAGAGCUUUAUAGAAUCCCCAUCAUCCCCAUCAUAUCUGGAUCAUUUCUUUGCUGAAGACGACCCGGAAGACUCGUGGCUAGCAUCCACUGAUGACAGCGAGACAGCAAGUCUGAUAGAACUUGUUGAGUCAGACGAGAGAAGACUGCUUCCUCAGCAAACCUCGUGGCUUUCAGAAUAUGAUGCCAACGCCGCGUCGGAUCCAGUCAAAUUUGUUGAUUCUGGCGAAAGACAUUAUUUUCAUCAGGCAAAUGAGUUUCUUCCGCUGGGCAGGAUGGCUCGAGAUUCGAUGGUCGUUCCUAUGCCUCGUGCUGCUACUCGUCGUCAGUCGACUCUUCCAGUGUACUCUGAUGAUGCUGGAAAUGGCUAUAAACAAGUCACAUCUAAAAGACGGCGUGCGUAUGAUAAGCGUUCAACAUCUAAACGCCAUGCCUUUAAACGCCUUUUUAAAGCCGGCCAACGCAAGACCGAAGCAAAACAAACGCUACCGCUACACAAGACAUUACUCAGUAUACCCUCGGUAUUAAACACAAAGCAAAAGGUUCUUCUCGCAGCUAGUAUGGUCCUGGCCACUUUGCAUGCAGCCGCCAGUCCCAUUUUCUCUUAUCUUUUGUCGCAGCUGUUUGAGUCCUUUUAUUCUGAUGCCAAUCGAUCGACUGUAGCGAAGAAAUGGUCCAUAGCCAUCUUGGGGUUAGCCGUCUGUGACGCUUUUAUCACAUUUAUCAUGCAUUACUUGCUCGAAUACUGCAGCCAAGCCUGGAUGGACCAGCUGCGCACAAAAUCCAUGCGUCGGAUACUGAAUCAGCCUUGUUGCUGGUUCGACGAAGAGAAAAACCACCCCAUGCAACUGACAAUGUGCCUAGACCAGAAUGCCGAGGAAAUCCGUAAUCUUGCAGGCAGGUUUGGAGGGCUGGCAAUGAUCGCCGCGAUGACCUGCAUUAUUGCCAUUGCGUGGAGCUUUGUUCUCAACUGGAAACUUACCUUUGUCAGUCUUGCGUGUGCGCCGGUCUGGUAUGGAAUCAGCAACGGGCUGGACGUGGUGAAUAGGAAGUGGGAGAAACGGACAAACGAUUUGAAUGAGCUCGUGGCAUCGGUGUUUUCCGAAACUUUUGUGGAUGUUCGCACCGUGAGGGCGUUUACUUUGGAAGACCAUUUCCAGUAUAAACACUCUCGUAUCUUGAAGACGGCUUUGGGAGUGGGAUUGAGACGAGGGUUUUACUCGGGAAUUGUCUUUGGUCUGACCGAAUCGUCUGUGAUUUUUGCAAGCUCUUUGCUUUUCUACUAUGCGGCUGAACUGGGAGCUUCGGACAGCUCUAAAAUUACGCCCAUUAUAUCCGUCUUGACGAUGAUUUUGUUUAGCUUGGGAUAUGCCGUUUCGGUGAUGUCGUGGAUUCCUCAAGUCAACUCAGCCAACGACACAGCUACUCAACUGAUUGGACUGUCCCGUCUGCCAUCUGGCUCGUCGCAUGAGCAAACUGGGAAGCUGCGGGUCUUUGAACCGCUUCCGAUUGAAUUCAAAGACCUGAGCUUCAGCUAUCCGGGACGACCAGAAGCCAAGGUCCUGAACCGCAUUUCCCUCACGAUCCCAGGCAACAGCUGCGUCGCGCUGGUCGGGAGCUCUGGUUCUGGAAAAUCAACCAUCGUCUCCCUCCUCCUCGGUCUAUACGCUUGCCCCAACCCAACGCGAGGCAAAGCCGCUGCGCUGACGCUGGGCGGCGUGGACAUUCGACAAGUACACAUGCCAACACUGAGAACGUUAAUCGCCUACGUCCCACAGCACCCACGUCUCUUUGCAGACACAAUCCGCGCUAACAUCACCUACGGCCUGAACUCGUACUCGCGCCUGCGCAACAUGAAGAACAUCGAAGCCGCGGCCGAAGCAGCAGGGAUCGCCGAGUUCAUCCGGUCCCUGCCAGAGGGUUAUUCUACAGUGGUCGGCGAAGGCGGACUGUCUCUAUCCGGUGGCCAGAUCCAGCGACUGGUGAUUGCGCGAGCGCUGGUGCGGCAUCCGCGAGUGCUGAUUCUCGACGAGGCGACGUCGAAUCUGGACGCGGAGAGCGCGGCGGUGAUACGGCAGGCUGUGCAGAGUUUGCGAGCAUCGGCGCGGCAGAGCCUAACGGUUAUCUUGAUCACGCAUGCGGUGGAGAUGAUGCAGAUUGCGGACAGUGUGGUGGUGAUUGAUCAGGGCAGGGUGGUGGAACAAGGGCGGUAUCAGUCUUUGCUGCAGCGCGCAGAUGGACGGCUGCGAGAUAUGCUUGGGGGGAAGGGUUAG